CAGGAAUGCAAGUCGGCGCCACAUUAAAAGGACAUCCAUGGAUUAGUUAGUACCGUCUUCAGCCCUCUGGCGAGGCCAGCAGGGAAAGUCAGACGGCCGACCACCCACCCAGUCGUGUUUCGUUCAAGGUACGUAUAUUUCACCGCGAACCUGACCUGAACCCCGCCCCUUUUUGCAUUGUACUACCUAUCCAUCGUCGCACCUUCGAACAGUUCGAUCCCGUCACCCAUCCGCGCCGUGGCGCUGCAGCACGGUCCAACUUCCGGCGCCAGCAACACCACGCCCCGUUACUCUGCACCCGUCUGUCCGUCGCUGCCUGUUGUUGCGGUACUACUGCACGGCGCAGACCCAUUUGCGGACGGACCGGAGCCGGCAUUUACACCAGUGCGCGGGAGACCGCGGGGUCGUCCAAGGAGGCCACCAUAAACGUCGCACAAUCGCACCAUCUGGGCAUAUUAUCCAAAGUCCUUCGCGCGCAGAACCCCCACGCGGAGCUGUGCAUAGCAAACCAAGGCCAGACUCUUAGGUAAGUGAGAAGAACGCCGCAGGUUGGGGGCGCUUAUAACACGGCGUUUGACCGCAUAAAGCCCCCAUGAUGCCGUGCUUCCCGCGCUCGUCAGGCUUGCUCACUCAUAUCGAUAGCAUGAUCGCCCUCCUCUUGCGACAUGAUGACCUACGUGCCGCCCGCGGUGAACCCGUUCUAUGGCGAUGAUGAUGGGGACAGCAUCUGGUACUCGAGCGAUAAUGGCCUGGCUGACUCGCUGGGCUCGUUGUCUACGUCGGACCGCGAGACGGAGCUGACCGUUGACGAAACGGCGCCAGACGACGACGGCAUCGUCAUCCCGGCAAUCCCGAUUCCCAUCGACCUGGCCGAACAGUUACCAAACGAUGGUGUGCCGGACUUAUCCCGCGAAGACUGGUCCUCCGUCUCGCAGAGUGUUUACGAAGAUGAGCACUCCUACGGCCGUUCAUACCACGGCUAUCGCAAAGGCCGCUACCCGCUUCCCAACGAUAGGCAGGAACAGCGGCGCGAGGAGACGAACCAUGCCAUGAUGAUGGAGCUCUCCGACGGACAUCUCUUUUACUCAGACAUUGGGCAGUCUCCAACCAACAUCCUUGACGUCGGAACCGGCAUCGGCAGUUGGGCCAUCGAUGUGGCCGAACAGUACCCCGGGGCGACUGUCGUGGGCACGGACCUGUCCGCCAUCCAGCCCAGAUGGCUACCUGUCAACGUGAGAAUGUACGUGGACGAUUGCGAGGAGCCCGACUGGUUUCACGGCGACGAAUACGACUUGGUGCAUUUUCGCGGCAUGGCGGGUAUACUGAAAAACCUUGAUGGAGUCCUUGAAACUGCGUACAGGCGAACAAAGAACGGCGGUUGGGUCGAGUUUCAGGAAAUCAUUCCGCAAAUCGAGUGCGACGACAGCAGCAUGGGCCCUGACGACCCGCUUCGGAUGUUUUAUGACGCCGUAGCCCAUGGUAUGCGCACGUUUGGCUGCGAUCCGUUACGGCCGGCCAGAUUGGAGGAGGCCUUGGAGCAUGCCGGCUACACAAACAUCCGCUGCAUGACCAAGAAGAUACCGAUAUCAACGUGGGCGCGUGGCAAGCGCCUCAAAACGCUGGGGCUCUUCAUGAAGACUGUCAUGCUCGACUCGCUGGACGCCCUGGCCGCGAAGCCCCUGGCGGCGCUCGACAUAUCUUCCUCGGACCGGCGCGAGCUCACGCGACACGUGAAGAGGAGCCUGGAAGACAAGACUGUGCAUCGCUACGUCAACUGCGUCUUUUGCUACGGGCAAAAGAGAGAAGAAGACGGGGCUUUCGCCGAUCUGGAUUGGCUUUGGGAGUGAGCAGGUGGUCGACUUCUCGCAUGGGUUCUAACAAGACGGGAGCCUCUGGCUGGAUUGGGUUUGCCUCGCACAGGAUGCGUUGGUGGCAAUGUUGCUUAAAAUGGCGACGGGACACUUGGCGUUGGGAUCUGGCAUCACAACACAACGAAGCGUGCUUAGACAGGAUUGGCCUUUUGUUCAUGUUGCAGGAGUGGCCCAAACGGAGGAGAUUGUUCCUACAGCAAGGAGCAGGCUUUGCGAUAGCUGCGAUACAACGGAACCAAACUCGGGUACCGAUUUGAAGUUACCUACUUCGUACGCAGCGCCUUAGAAAUAAGCCUCCAACCAGGUCCGUGCCCGAAGCCCGUGGGCCGGGGUGCGCCCGAAUGGCGUCAACGGUGAGUUGGUCGCGCUCAGAGCUCGGACCUCAUCGGGGGCAGAGCAUACUUGGUGAAUGCUGUCAAUGGGAAUUUGGGGCUGUUGAGUGCUUUGGGGGCCAAGGCGGCGAACGGUUUGCAGGGCUUGGCUCGUCUAGAGUCUGGGCAGCGCCACCAACAAUGCGCGAGCUGGGCAGCAUCCUGGUGUUGUUGCUGCCAAUGCCCAACACGGCAUGUUUGUGCUCCUACCUACGGGCGCACAAUCUUCUGAAGCAAGAUUACAGUACUGUACAAUGUAGUGUCGCCUCAAACACCCCAUCUCUACACAGCACCUACCUACCUUCUGCAUAACAUGUGGCGACCAGGAGCACGUCGAGAUACACACCAAAUUACUAGCGAGGCGGGCAAGUACAAG